AUGGGGAUCUGCUGGAGUGUUCAAUCACGUUCUCCGGUCGAUCACCGCAACCGCAGCACUGCCGCCAACCCCAACAAUCAAUCAGGGAGUUUUCAGUUUUCCGUUGGUCUCAGCAACAAAAGAUUAAUACAGAAUGGUAAUUCUACUUCUCUUGGGCAUAGCAGCCACUCUGGAGGAAUCGGCAGGUUCUUUGGACCAAGUAGUAGUAAUACCUAUUCAACAGGCAAUAACACUAGCACAUCCUUUUGGGGCACUGAGAAUAGCCAAGCCUCUGGAGUGAGGGAUGAAGAUGAGAGGGGCCAGAUCUUGGAUGUUGUAGACUUGAGAGAAUUUACCGUGGCAGAAUUGAAGGCAGCUACCAAAAAUUUCAAAGAUGACACUGUGAUAGGAGAGGGGGGAUUCGGUAAAGUAUACAAAGGUUUGAUUAGAGGUGAGGGGUUGACCAUUGCCAUCAAGAAGUUGAAUUCUGGAAGCAAGCAAGGAAUUGUGGAGUGGAAGUCAGAGCUUACUUUCUUAGGGAGGCUUUCUCAUCCCAACCUCGUUAAGUUGUUGGGAUUUGGGCGACAGGAUAGCGAACUUUUUCUGGUGUAUGAAUUUAUGCCUCGUGGCAGCAUGGAUAACCACCUAUUUGGAAGAGGAGCAAAUGUUCGGCCACUUUCUUGGGACACAAGGCUAAGAAUUAUGAUUGGAGCAGCUAGGGGGCUGCAUUUCCUUCACUCCUUGGAGAAUCCAAUUAUAUAUAGAGAUUUUAAACCCUCAAAUAUACUACUUGACCUGACAUAUACGCCUCGGUUAUCAGACUUUGGCUUAGCCAAAUCUGUUACAUCACCUGAUCAGAGUCACGUAUCAACAAACGUUGUGGGAACACACGGCUAUGCUGCUCCUGAGUACGUUGCAAAAGGUCAUUUGUACGUGAAAAGUGAUGUGUAUGGAUUUGGAAUUUUUCUGGUGGAGUUGCUGACUGGGAAGAGGAUUAGUGAUAUAAAACACCUGUGUGAGAAAACGUCCUUGAGGGAUUGGAUGAGAAGAAAUCUUCUAAAUAGAGGGAUUAUAAGAAGCAAUAUGGAUGCAAAGUUGGAAGGGAAAUAUCCAUCCAACUUAGCUUUACAAAUAGCUCAACUAGCUCUCAAAUGCAUCCAAACAGAACCCAAAGUGAGGCCAUCAAUGAAAGAAGUUGUUGAAAGAUUGGAACAGAUUGAAGCAGCAAAUGAUAAACCAGCUGAUAACAGAAAGCGGGUUAAUAGUUCUCGAGUUGUUCAACAACAUGGCCGUCCAGAUGGUAGUUGA